UCUCUUUAGACUGCGCUGCGUCGAUUGUCGAGCUCACGGAUGUGAAUGGGUCGGUUCGGUGAUCUGCUGGCCUGGUCUGCGCAUGAGCGGGGAAGCGCAGGGAGAGGAGUGGGACUGGGAGCAGCUGUGGCAAAUGUUCCACCAGUCCAGCAAUCUCGAGAAGAAAAGACCAUUUACGACUGAAGAAAACACUUUAACGCACUCUUUGAGCGGAAUCUAGUGAGGAGAAUCGCGUCGGGCGUCCGCGAACACCUGCGAAGCGUCCAAAGUAGCAGAUCGGCGCGUUUUCUGAACUCACUUGCAAACAAAAUAACAACCCCGAAAGACUGACAAUAAAAGCCCACAACUGACACCAAACCGAACCAGGGCCUCGAUACACCGUCCUCUCCUCAACUCGGACAUUUACCCUGCACUAUUUCAGAACAGUCUUUCUUCUCUUUGUGAAACUCGUGAAACAAUGAAGACUUAAACUCAUGUGUUAGCCGCUGAGCUGUAUGUAUGUGUGUGUGUGUGAGUCUGUGCUCUUCUCCAGGAAACUUUGUCCCGUCUCUUUAAAAGACUGGAAGCAGAAGAAGCUGUAACAGACUCGGAGAAGAAGCUCAGGCUGUCUUCUUGAUUUCUGUAUGGAGGUGAGGGGCGAGGACAGGGGAUCGGACGGCAGCAGAGGCCCCGACUCGACCCACUUUCCUCUCUACAACAAACCCCCGCGAGCACGGCUGGCGGAUCCUGACAUGAUGAUCUACCCCGGUUCUGGAGGAGAGGAUUUCACGGGGAGAGCCGCCGCUGCGGGCUGCGAGUCGCCCUCCUCGGACGGACCGGGCAGCAGCCGGAUGUCACCCACCGACGGGCCCACGGUUCUGCCAAGUUUAACGGCGCUCCCUCCGCCGCCUGGAAUCGGGGCACAGGGGAGCGUGGAUGAAAGCGAUCAACAGGAUGGGCCAGAAUAUGAGGAAGAGGAGGUUGUUUUCCCCCUUUCAGCGCCGCCCUCCAACCAAUGGUACCAUGGAAUGUUGGACAGAACCAUUGCAGAAGAGCGAUUGCGUCAGGCUAGGACACCGGGCAGCUACCUCAUCAGGGAAAGUGACCGCCGACCUGGAUCCUUCGUACUGUCCUUUCUCAGCGUGACCAAUGUGGUCAAUCACUUCAGGAUCAUUGCGAUGUGUGGAGAUUACUACAUCGGUGGACGACGCUUCUCGUCCCUGUCAGACCUCAUUGGUUACUACAGCUAUGUGUCUUGUCUACUGAAAGGUGAAAAACUGUCGUCUCCAGUGGCUCCCCCAGAGCCAGUAGAGGACCGGCGACGAGUGAGGGCCAUACUUCCAUACACCAAAGUGCCAGAAACUGAUGAGAUCAGUUUUCUCAAAGGAGACAUUUUUAUCGUUCACAAUGAACUGGAAGAUGGUUGGAUGUGGGUAACCAAUGUUCGGACCGAAGAACAGGGCCUUAUCGUGGAUGAUCUUGUUGAGGAGGUGGGACGAGAAGAGGAUCCCCAUGAGGGAAAAAUCUGGUAUCACAGGAAGAUCAGCAAACAGGAGGCGUACAACCUGCUAAUGACAGUUGGACAGGUCUGCAGCUUUCUGGUCAGGCCAUCGGACAACACACCAGGCGACUACUCCCUCUUCUUUCGUACCAAUGAGAACAUCCAAAGGUUCAAGAUUAGCCCCACUCCCAACAACCAGUACAUGAUGGGAGGGCGGUACUAUAACAGUGUUGACGAUAUCAUCGAGCGUUAUCGAAAAGAGCAGAUCGUGGAGGGCUACACUCUGAAAGAUCCCGUCUCAGUCCAGCAGAAAGAGCAAGUCCUCUCCGACUUGGUCGACGGCAGAGAAAUCUAUAACACUAUUCGACGGAAAACAAAAGAUGCUUUCUACAAAAACAUUGUCAAGAAAGGAUAUCUUCUCUUCAACAAAGGUAAGGGUAAGCGCUGGAAGCAUUUGUACUUCAUCCUGGAGGGCAACGACGCUCAGCUCAUUUACUUUGAGAGUGAGAAGCGAGCCACCAAACCCAAAGGACUAAUCGAUCUGAGUGUGUGCUCUGUGUAUGGAGUCCACGACAGUCUGUUUGGCAGGCCAAACUGUUUCCAGAUUGUGGUUCAGCACUUUAGCGAGGAGCAGUACAUUUUCUACUUUGCUGGGGAGACACCUGAGCAGGCACAGGACUGGAUGAAAUGCCUGCAGACAUUCUGCAAUAACCUUAGGAAACCCUUGCAGACCACAUUCAACAAGCGCUUGCGUCAGGUUAGCAGUUUAGUCCUGUAUGUGGAGGAGGCCCACAAACUUCCCAUCAAACACUUCACCAACCCCUAUUGCACCAUCUCAUUGAACAAUGUGCAGGUGGCGAAGACUCAUCCCAGAGAGGGACAGAACCCUGUGUUCACCGAGGAGUUCAUCUUUGAUGACUUGUCGAGCGACAUCAACAGAUUUGAAAUAAUCCUAAGCAACAAGACCAAGAAGAGCAAAGAAAGUGACAUCUUGUUCAUGCGCUGCCAGCUGAGCAGGCUGCAGAGGGGCCAGAUGAUCGAUGAGUGGUUUCCUCUGAGCUCCUAUGUGCCGCUGAAGGGAAUUGAGCCAGGCUCACUGCGCAUAAGAGUGCGAUAUUCAAUGGAGAAGAUUAUGUCUGAGGAAGAGUACAGUGAAUUCAAAGAGCUCAUCCUGCAGAGAGACUAUCAUGUGAUCUACGCGUUGGCUCACGUGUGUGGACAGGACCGCACCCUGCUGGCCAGCAUCCUGCUCCGUAUCUUGAGACACGAGCGAGCCGAAGCUCCGUUACUGAGGAUGUUGAAUGACAGAGAAAUUAAUAUGGAGGAUGAAGCUACGACGCUGUUUCGGGCCACAACUCUGGCCAGUACUUUGAUGGAGCAGUACAUGAAGGCCACAGCCACCCCUUUCGUCCAUCACGCCCUCAAAGACACAAUACUGAAGAUCAUGGAGAGCAAGCAGUCCUGUGAGCUGAACCCGUCUAAACUGGAGAAGAAUGAGGAUGUUAACCUGAAUCUAGCUCACUUACUCAACAUCCUGUCGGAGCUGGUGGAGAAGAUAUUUAUGGCUGCUGAGAUCUUGCCCCCGACCCUGAGGUACAUUUAUGGCUGUCUUCAGAAGUCUGUGCAGAAGAAAUGGCCUACCAACACUACAAUGAGAACCCGAGUUGUGAGUGGUUUUGUCUUCCUAAGGCUCAUCUGCCCUGCCAUUCUCAACCCCAGAAUGUUCAACAUCAUUGCUGACCCUCCAUCCUCCACAGCAGGCCGAACGCUUACCCUGGUAGCGAAGUCUGUGCAGAAUUUGGCCAACCUGGUGGAAUUCGUUGCUAAGGAGCCCUACAUGGAGGGGGUGAAUCCUUUCAUCAAGAACAACAAACAAAGGAUGAUCAUGUUUCUGGAUGAGCUGGGGAACGUUCCUGAUCUCCCGGAAUCUACCGAGCACUUUAGGACUGAUUUGCCCCGUGACCUUGCUGCCCUGCAUGAGAUCUGUGCUACUCAUUCUGACGAACUCCGCACCCUCAGCAAUGAGAGAGGAGCACAGCAGCACGUGCUGAAAAAGCUGCUGGCCAUCACUGAGCUCCUCCAGCAGAAACAGGCGCACUAUGCCAUGUCCAACAGCAACAGAACUGAAUGUACCUUUAUGGCUGUAGCAACCACUAUCCAGAUCCUCUGAAAGAAAAGAUUGGUAGCAUAAACUCCUCAGAUGCAAACGAAGAAGGUGGGUGCUCUGGCUCUAGUCAGGCAACAAACCGCAAAGCAACAGAUUCAAAACUUAAAUUCACAUUGAGCCGUCAAAGAGAUAUUAUUUCUGACAUCUUGGACAUUCCUGUACUGAAAAUCACGAAUCUUCAACAGAACAACCAAAACUAUGUGUAAAUGUGAAAAGCUUGUCGACUUGACCCCUCAUGGAGACAUCUGCAAACUCAACUUGGAUCUGUCUGACUUCGAUUGACACCACUGGUGUAAUCGACCCGGGAGCUGCGAGCCCUAGACUGGGAUCUGUAGCAAGCAAGAACUUUGGCACUGCAUUGCUCUUGAGCAUCAGGGAAGUGAGAUGCACGCCUUAAGAAACCGUCUACACAAUACUACCGCACAAGCUCUUCCUGUUUUCGACUGUGGUUUCAGAUAAAGAUAGGCUUAGAUCCUACAGAUAUCGACUGAUUCCUAUCUUACCUUCUGAGCCACUUCGCUUGACAAGAUGCUGCAUUCUGGCUUUAUCUCCAAACCAGUGUUUGUAUGUGAUGCAUGAGCAGAUCAGUGAGACCUAUUCAAUUUUGGAGGAUAGAUUAAACGAGGCUGGAGCAUGCGUCCACUUUUAAUAACCUGCCCCUGUUCUUCCAUCGAACCUACAAUGGCACCAUCUCAAGCUCAAAUGAAUUCUAAAGCUUUUCCCUAGAAUGGGCCAAGUAGAUUAUGAGAUUCUUGGUAGAUUUCAGAUCACACAAAGUUGAGCAUCAAGACCUACUGACUGUAAAACUAUAUUAUUUUAUUAUAUCAGUCUGUUCAUGUUUAUCAAACUUGCUUGAGGAGUUAAUUUGGCUGUUUCUUGAUGUGUAUUAUUAUGUAAAACCUCAAAACGUAUCACCAGUUUAUUAUGAUUCUAUAAUGUCCUUUUGUUUGCUCGAUUUGACAAGUAGUUGCAUUGUCCUGUACUCGCUGACUCCCUCACAAAGAAAGUACUGUGUUGGUACCACUGUACAGUGGAGAUAACUGAUGGAAAUACCGUGGUACUCUGAUAUACAUCAUUGUAAUGAAUGACUGCCAUGGCACAUGUCCAAAAAAACUGCUUUUAACCAUAAAAACAUGGUAAUGCAUUCAUGUCAGUGUAUGAAGGUGUAUAAUCGCUACAACUGACUUGAAAUGGCUCACUUUGUACUCAUUCCCUGUUUUCAUCUACAGCUGAUGUAAGGGAUUCUGUACAGUACAUUUAGCUACAUUUUAUGACCCAGCAAAUCUAUGAAAAGCAUGAUGCGGAUUUACUUUUUUUUUUUUUUAUAUAUAUAUUUUAGGUAGCUCAUGUUUUUUAUUUUUCUAUUUUAUACUCAAAACCCACAACUUUUGCAUCUUGGAUACAAAACACCAAGUUACUAACCUGGCUGAAUAAAACUCUUAGUAUGAUUA